AGAAAAUAAACUUGUGAACUCCAAGCAAAUAUUUCUGCCAGAAAUAGGACAAAAGAAGCACAGAGCCAUCAUUAUUUUUUGGCACAAUAAGAAGAGGUGGGACUGAGUGGAAAGGGUUUCUUUUGAGGAAUUUGCUUUUUACAGUAGUUUAAACGAUCUGUGGCUCAUUGUAAGGGCAAGUCAUGAUUUGGAAGGUGUCUUAGAAGGAACUCAUUAGGCAGAAACAAAUAGUUCACACUGAAAAGACUAUUUCCCAGGACUUGCUGGAGAAGGACGGUUGGCAGAUAUUUUAAGGCAUAAAAAGGUAUCCAUAUCUUCUCUAGAUUUAAUUUAGUAACUAUUUCAUCCUUCAACCCAGUUGGCAGCUAUGGCUUUGUUUAGCCAUGUCCAUGUUGGAUGCUCCAUGCCAGAAUUGUGGUUCUUUGUCUCUUUAAUGCUUCUGGCUAUAGUUGGUGAGUUCAGCCUUUCCAUAGCUGCGCAGGUGAGUACCUGUGAGGCAAAUGGCAGUGUCUACUAUGUUGGCGAGUGGUACUUCCUGGACUCAGAUCACUGCACUCAAUGUGAGUGCACCACAGAGGGCCCAGCCUGUGCUAGGACAGAGUGCACAGCCCUGCCACCAGCCUGCAUGCACGUCAGCCACUACCCUACGGACUGUUGCCCCCGCUGUGAGAAGAUUGGCUGUGAAUACAGAGGAGAAGUUUAUGAGCUGGGAGAACAAUUCCAGCCUUCAGAAUGCGAACAGUGUACGUGUGAGAUAGAUGGAAUUGCCCGCUGCCUGGUAGCAGACUGUGCCCCUCCUCCAUGUGUUAACUCUGUGUAUGAGAAGGGAGAGUGCUGCCCACGAUGUAAAGAUGGUCCAAAUUGUUAUUCAGAUGCCUCUCAGACCCGCGUUAUCCCUGGAGGUCAAUACGUUUGGGUGGAUUCAUGCACCAAGUGCCGUUGUCACGAUGGACAGGAUGUCGGCUACUGGGAAGGAAAUCGACUGGCAAAGUGUGAGAAGACCAAGAACUGUAGCCCAGAAGAAGACAGAGAAAACUCUUAGAAAUGCAGUGCUUACCCUAUCCUGAUACUGUACUAUCCCCACUGCCCAUCUCACAGUAAACAUCAGAGCACUUCAGCAGUACAUCACUGGAUGAGCAGCGUGCUGACCUCCUCAAUAAGACUGCACCCUUCUUUUAUAAUGAUAUAUUUCUGUGCAAAUAGGCAAAGAGUGGAGACAUUGCAGUCCAGAUAUUUCAUUGAAUUUGUCUCUGUGAGUAGUUCCAUGUGCUUUUGUAUUCCCAAAAUGAGUAGACACUCAAUAAGAACAUGCUGCCAAUCAUUGCACUGCACUGUGCUGGUACCAAUUGUUCACUCCAUUGCAUUUAGCACUUUGGCAUCUGUAGCAUCAGUUCUACAGGCCGCAGUAACAGCAGCAACACCAUGUUCUUUAUGUCUGCCUAUGGGUAACCAAUAGAUACAGGGCCGUCACUCUGCUGUAUAUAUUGCCUCAUACGUAAUUGCUGCUCUUGCCAAAGCAACCCUUGAUUUGAUUCAUGUGAAUGCUGAACAUUUGCUUGACCUACUUUUUCACAUAUAUUUGUGUGUCUCAGGCAAAUUAUUUGCUGGUGUCAGAUGUAAAUUCACAGCGAAAAUUCAGGAAAAUGAUUGGAACUAUUUAUGCCUCAGAGUAAAGAAUUCAUUUCAAUUAUUAUUUUUACCACCAGGCAUUUCAUUUGGCAGACUUUUCUUACCCUUCAGUAAUCUGCCAUGAAAAAUAUAUUGGUAGUACACCUUCCUCAUCCAUCAUUUCCUUGUAAACUAAAAUUAAUUCAACGCACGCCUUACGUUUAUUUCUAUUUCCUAAGGUGUCAUUGGUAUAAGCAUUGUGUGUGUUUUAUCUAUUAAAAACUGGUUUCUUAGAGUCCUAGCCUAACUAAUAAUUAUCUUCUUGGACUCGCAUCUCAUCCCAAGAAACACCGUGUAUAUGUAAAGUUCUCCUCUACAGAUAUUUCUGGAUAUAAUAAAAGCAUUAGGAAUAAUGUGAAUCCCUUCUAAUCUAAUAUUGCUUAUUCAUUAGAUACCUUAUGCAUUUUAUAUUACUGGACAUGCUGCAACAUUAAGCAGUGCUAUAAAAGACAUUGGAGUUUUACUUCUUAGGGAGCAGACAAAGAAGUGAAUUUCAUAGAGAAGACCCAGGCUCAGGUUGGUUACUCUCAGUUACUUCAUUCAAAUCCUCCAUUAGGUGGCCCUUGUUAUACACAAUCUAAUAUAUCCUUUACUAUACUCAGAGUAAGGCUUGGUCUAGGGUUGCCACUUGGCCAAUAAAAAAUAAUGGUGAUGCCAAUGUUAUUAAAUAGGGACAAAAGAGAAAUAUAUAGGAAGGCCGGUAUUUAUUUUUCCAGAAAAGGUGGCAACCCUAGCUGGGUUACGUGAUCCAAGACUUGACACUCAGCAUGCUAGGGUACACCCCUACUAUGUACAAUGCUCUUUUUAGGAUGUAGGAUGAGAAAACCACAAGAGUUCCAGAUGUUUAUUCCAUAAUGGGAUAAUUGUAAUGGGAUGUAAAGUGUUAACAAGCUGGCCAAACAAUUUACCAACAACAUGAAAAAGGCUGGACAGCUUUGCAGAAGUAUGAGCCAUUACAAUGAUGUAGGUGGCAAGGGUGGCAUGAGAACCCACCAAAUGAUUAUAAGCAUGCUCCAGAGAGGAUUAUUGCAACAGAUGUAGCAGCAUUGGGUUGAGAAAUAGACAAGAUUACCUGUGUAUUGUGUAUAAAUAACUAAAUAAAAUAAGCCUUUUGUA